GUGCACUUCUCAAGUUGGAUCUCUGCCACCUCCCCUCCUGGCUCCUGCUCCUUUCCAAUCAUGUCUGCCUUCUGCCCCAUGCCAUCUCUGUUCAACGCACGCGACGGAUGGCAGAGAUGACGGCCAACGAGCACGUGCAGGCGUGGAGUUCACCCAGCGGCAAACAUGGCGGCCGUUCACGUCGAUAUCCGUAGUGGCACAGACGGCGCUGCCGCGUCCAGGCACGCCGCGAUCCUCCCCGCAUGUGACUUCGCCGAAGAGGCUGCAGACCAUGGCGCCGCCGCCGCUGAGGGCGCUGAGGCGACCCAGCGCGUCUCGAGGCACCGCGCGGUUCACUUUGCCGCAGAGGCCGCAGAGCACGGUGCCGGUGCCGUCGCCGCAGAUGCCGCAGGGCACGACGCCGUCGCCGCAGAGGGCGCAGAGGAGGCGUCUGGGCGCGCUGUCAAGCAGCACCGCGCAGUUGCCUUCGCCGCAGAGGUGCUGGGGCACGACGCCGUCGAUGCGGAGGGCGCUGAGGAGGCGCCCGGGCGUGCUGGGAGGCAACGCGCAGUUGCCUUCGCCGCAGAGGCCACUCUGCACGGGGCCGCCGCCGCAGAGGGAGCUGAGGCGCAGAGGCGAGCCGCGAGGCACCGCGCAAUCGCCUUUGCCGCUGAGGCCGCAGAGCACGAUGCCGUCGCCGCAGAGAGCGAGGAGUCGCCUGCACGCGCCGCGAGCCUCCCCGCAGAUGCCGCCGCCGCAGAAUGCUUGGAGCCGCAGGAAGGCUCGAUCAGUCAUUUGCAGAGGCUGUCGUUCUCGAGCUCUAUGAGCAAAAGGGGCUCGCGUGAGCUCGGCGCCAAGCUGGCCGAGAGACAGCCCGUCACAACGCCAGUUGACGCCGAGAGUGUACACCCUUCUCGCUGGGAGCGGUUCUUGGCAGGAGAGGUCGUGUGCAGUUGUUGCGCCUUUUGCUUCUUUCUGGCCCUCAUGCUUUUAUUGACCAUCGGCGGGCUUUAUGGCGGGUUCAAGCUUUCAGACACUGGCGGAACGGUGCUGUCCAGCGAUAUCGUGCAGCUGUAUCCAGCUGCCUGCGGCAGGCGCUGUCACCGCGCCAGCGCCGCAGCGCAGCAGGAAUGAGGUUGAUGUUAUGACCGUUUCGGUUCAGUGCCCUGUCUGGACUGGCGCGUGUCUUAAAGAGAUUCUCUUUGUCCGCAGCCCCUCUUCCUCCAUCUUGGCGGGGGUCCCGGGACAAAUCUUCGAUGGUCGGUUAUUUCCGCAGUGGACUCGUGCUAGACGACCACAACAUUCCGACACCUCACUCUCGCGCAGUCGCGGUGGCGGACUACGCCGGGAAGCACCUCGAAGAGCAUGGCUGCAGCCCCGGGAGGGUCUUCGGCUCCCCAGUCUGCAACCCCUCCUGGGCAGAUGCUGGAGAGGACGGCAGUGGGGGCGGCGGUCGCCGGAUGGUGGGCGGCGUCAAGCCUCGGUCUGUUCCCGGGAACGCCAUCCUGAUCAUGUACGAGGAUCGGGGGCCACGGGAACCGGGUGCCCCGGCGACGAUUGCGACGCGCGGUCCAAGAACCUGCUGACCGAGCGCAACAUGAACGCGAUGAAGAAGUUCGAGGACACUCUCUUCGGGUCGAGAGACUUCCAGGACGACUACUGUCUCCUGUGGCACCCCGCGUCUGGCGGCGACCCGGUCUGCACCCCGCCCACCUCCAUGCUCGCUCAGCUGUACUCCGACGGCCCAGAGGUGCCCGAGACCGUCAAAGAGAGCUUCGACGCAGGCUUUGGCAACGCCCUGGGGGCGUGCAUGUGCUCCCUGACCGGCGAGCCCAGCUUGGCCUGCGCACCGCCAGCCGGCCCGCCGCAGGGCCCCCCCAGCGGGCAGGAGACGCCGCAGGACCAGGUGCUGACCUGCCUGAAGGGCAGGCCAGACCACCUGGCACUGCUUCCGGAGUCCGCCCACGGUGACCCCGUCGCGACGGAGGCGCACCUGUCCUCGGCGAUGGAAGACUUUUGCGCCAGCAUGGAGGCACAGGACGCCUCCUGGCGGUUCGCGCCCCCGUUCCUGUCUCCCAUGUGCUCCUCCACCGCCUGGGACCACACCGAGCAUGGGAGUGCGCAGCCUCUGCAGGGUGAUGCGCUGCGGGGGUUCCUCGAGGAGGUCUGCAGCCCAGACAACCCGCUCAUGUCGCCGCUGCGUCGGUUCGUCCUGCCUUCCUUCGCGUGCCAGGGCGGCUUCCUCGCCGAGCACGGGACGCCAUUCCUGAUGUCGAUGUGGAUGAUGGGGCAUGACGGUCAUAAUCAGGCUGAGUUGGAGGCCGAAUACACAGGAAAGCUGUGGAACCUAUACCAGGAGGCCUCGAAAGAGGCCAUCAGUGAUACCAAUGGCGAGGUGAGGCCCAUGCUGCUGACGGAGUUCACGGCCCUCAAGUCGAUGGAGAGUUUGCUCAUCCACGAUUGCGCCCUUGCCAUCGGCUCGUUUCUUCUUGUCUUCUUUUACAUGUGGUUCACGAUCGAAUCCUUCUUCCUAUCGAGCAUGGGGAUGCUCCAAGUGGUGAUGUCCUGCCCCCCGGCCUUCCUGGUGUGGAAAUUCAUUAGGCCCGACGGGGUCGGCUUCCUGCAGUUCCUGACGAUCUUUAUGAUCUUGGGCAUCGGGGCCGACGACAUCUUUGUGCUCGUCGACGCCUGGAAGCAGGCUCCAGUGGCGCUCGACGGGAUGGGCACGACAGCGGACACGUUCGCGCUGGGCUACCGCCGUGCUUUUUCGGCUAUGCUCACCACCACCGCGACCACGGGCGCGGCAUUCUUCUUCGGCGCGUUCAACCCAGUUCCCGCAGUAUCCCAUUUCUGCCUCUUCGCCUGCAUAGUGGUAGUCUUCGACUUCUUGUGGUGCGUCUCCUUCUUCGCCAGCUCACUGUGCGUCUACGAGCGGUUCUUCAUGGGGCACCCGUGUCUCUGCUUUGGGCCCCAGAAGCCCGCGGGCAGCUGCGGAGGGCCCGGCUGCUGCUGGGGCGGCUUUCGUAGGCUGAUCGCUGCUUUCAAGAAGCCCGAGCCUGCUCGAGCCACAAGAAGGAGGUCGAUGAAGGGCGAGCCGUGGCUCGAGCGCUUCUGCGCUGGUCCGCUGUUCAGCUUCGUGCUUCGUUACAGGGUGUCGCUUGUGGCCCUCUGGCUCCUCGCAACAGCUGCCAGUGGCUCCGCUGCAGGCGUGCUGCUGAAAACCGCGACGAAGCCACCAGAGAUCGGCGAUGAGGAGAAUGACCUGGUCCGCUUCUUCGCAAUCAUGCGCGACUAUUUCUCCAUCCAGGAGCAGCAGCUGGUGCAGGUCUCGUGGGGCUUGCCCGAGGAGUCCGCGGUGUCCAGGUUCACCUCCACCAACCCGAUCACGCCCGAGGUGAACUUGCUGGACCGCGGCGCAGAGCUGCUGACCACGCCUGCAAGCCAGCAGGCCGCGCUGGCACUCUGCCGGUCCCCCGACUCAGCAGGUGCCCGCUGCGAAUCGGAUCUCUGCCUGGUCUACGGCUCCCCUGGCGCGUGCCUGGACGAAAGGACGGCUCAUGGCAACGUGAGCUUGCCCACGGAUCCGUACUGCGCUACAGGCAGGUACUGCUUCAUGAAGGACUGGGUCGAGGAGUAUGCGAACAUCAACGGGAUCGGGUUCCCAGUGCCCGACGUCGACUUUGUGCCCUUGCUUGAGUCCGACGGCUUCAGAAGCUACCUGGAGGAGCGCCGGGUGGCAAACCAGCAGGCCGGCCGCCAUUGGGAUAAUACCCUGGAGCAGACGCAUACGGGCUGGAUUAUCGAAGAUGGCACGCUGAAAUUCGCGUGGAUGACUUUCAACGCGAGCUUCAAGGCGCAAGGCACCAAGGAUGUCCUCAACCGCUGGCACGAGCGCUGGGGAGAUCACGUGCGCACCCAGGCUGGAGUCUCAGACCCACGCCACAGCUCCAAGAUGUACGAGUUCAUGGUGUUACAGAAUGAGCUGCUAUCUGCGGCGAUCCAAGGUAUCCUUGUCUCGUUGUUUGUCACCGCCGUGGUCCUAGCACUCGUCACCUUCAAUUGGGUGCUCGCGUUGAUCGGUCUGUUGAACAUCAGUGUCAUCACCGUCAUAUUCUUGGGAGUCAUGCCUCUAAUUCCAUGGGAGCUGGGCUCGAACGAGUGCAUCUUCCUGAUCGCGGUGGUCGGUCUAGCAGUUGACUACUCCGUGCACCUUCUACACGCGUACAACGAGCACGAAGCUGGGACGCGCGAGGAGAAGAUGCAGGGAGCCCUUGGCACCAUGGGCAUCUCGGUUGCCAGCGGCGCGAUCACCACCAUGGGAGCUGGCUUGACGCUCUUCCAGUGCGACAUCGCAUUCUUUCAGCAGUACGGCUCCUGGUGUGUUUUUCGGCUCCCUGCCAUCUUCCUGGUGAUCCUCAUAUCGCUGGUAGCGGCGCUCACCAACCUGCCGCCCCUGCUCCUGCUGAUGGGUCCAGAGGGCGACCGGGGCAAGAUUGCGCUGCUCUACUGGUUGGCCGAGAGGCGGGACGCGGGCGUUGCGGUGGCCCGCAGCGGCGCGACCAUCGCGAGGCGGACGGUGGCCGCGAGGCUGUCCCCAGGCGGCUCUAGCGGCGAGGCUCAGGGCGCGAGGCCGUCGCGCGCCCGGUGCGAGUGCGGCGACUCGGUCUUCACCAACUCGGGCGAGACGGAGUAGCGGGUCGACCUGGAGGUCCAAAGGAGAGGGGAGGAGGAUCAGGAGGAUCGGGGGAGGAAGAGGCCGCGGGCCAGCGGCCAACGGUUGUAGGGGGUACGCGCGGCGUGCUCGCCCUCUGGAGAGUCGGCGCGGGCGUGGCGGCGCGCGGCCCCGCGAGGGUCCGAGGCCGCGCGGGCCCCUGGGGCCCAGGUGCCCCGGGUUGUCAAGCGACGCGGUGGUUCUCCGACGUCUUGAUUUUUUCAGUUCUGGGUCUCCAGAAGUCUCAAUUCUGACGAUUAGUAGUAGUUCUCUGUAGUAGUUUUCUGACGAUCCCAGGGCCUGGCGAGGGCCUCCAGAGGCCG